AUGGAAAUAGAUAAAACUUAGAUUUCCGCAAAAUGCUUAAAUUGGCAAUAAAGUAAAUGUUCUAUGAAAUUUAGUUUGUUGUUAAAUUUUAGGCGUGGGAGUUUUUUAAAUUUUAAGUUUUUAGUAUAUAAACUAAGAGUUGGUCAGUAAGAAGACAACAGUUUCAUAAACCACUUAAACUAUUAAGUAGAAAACUAAAAAAAAGAACAAAACUAAAAAAAGCAAUGUUUCAUAAAUUAUUAAAGCUGACAUUAUUAGUCUUGUACAUGGCAGUAGCAAUGGCUCAAUAUCAAUAUACAGGUCAAGCUGGUCAAUAUACCGGCCAGAGUGGUCAGUAUGCUGGUCAGGCUGGUUACUACCCUGGACAAACUGGCCAAUAUAGUGGACAAUCAAGACCUUAUCAACCCACUUUGGGAAACACCCAAACUUCCUACCAACCCUCUUACACUGCCGGAAACACUCAAACUUCCUACCCAUCCUCUUAUACUGGCUCAACACAACGUCCCUCUGCUGCUACCAUUGGAGCUCCCGAUAAUCGCAUCUUAGGUUUAUUUGGUGGCGGCAAUAGAGGAGGUGGUCUCUUUGGUGGUCUAUUGGGAGGUGGCGGCGGUGGUGGUGGUUUAUUGGGUAAUCUUUUUGGUGGUCUUGGUGGUGGCAACAGAGUCCCAACUGCUCCCGCUUACCCAGUACCUGUACCAGCACCUAACUAUGGCGGUUAUCCUGGUGGUUUUGGCGGUGGUUACCCCGGUGGAUAUGGUGGUUAUCCUGCUUAUGGCGGUGCUGGUGGUUACUAUGGUUAAGUUGUUAUUACAUCCUUGGUGUUUAGCAAAUUUACGAAAGUAUUAUGUUUUUCUUGUUAUAGUUUUAAGAAUUUUUUAUUGUUGAAUAAAUAAAUUUUGUUGAAAAAGAA